AUGGCCAGCCAGAAGCCUCGUAAGAUGAGCCCUACGAAAUACUUCGACCCGUCUACAGAGGAGAUUGCGGCCUGGUUUGAGACAACGGGCGACGCGUGGGAUUCAGACGAACUGGAUCCCGAACAUGAGCACUCGGUCCUCUUCGCCUCGUCUCACCGUCAAGAGCGGAAGGAAACCGGGGCCACGGCUAAGCAGACACCUCCAAAAAACCCUCAGCCCGCUGGCCCGUCUUCCAGUGGCUCGCAGCGUGGGUCAGGCAGUCAAGCCUCUGUCAAGCCCUACGCUGGUCCGUCGAAGUCGUCGUCUACCUUCACUUCUCGGAAGAAGGCGAAGGUCUCUUCGGAGGGCAGCGAGGGACCACGCCGAGACGAGAAGCGGAAGUGA